AUGUCACUCUUAAUUCCCACCUAUAAUGAUUAUACGGAUGCUCACGAAGGUUCUGCUCAACAGGAACAAUACUAUAAAGAGUGGGAAAAGCUUAAAACCAAGAGAAACGACCAAGGACGAUUAGAAUUUCCCUGGGAUUUUGAGGUAGUUCAAGGUUUUUUCAAGCAGAGCGAUCCCAAUACCAACGAUGAGGUUUUCAAUUAUGCAACUGAUCACAUGGGACGCCUCAAGCCCUGGUCUGAAAUAAUUUCAAGGCUUUCUGAAAUGAAUAGAUCUGCACCAGAAAAUGUUGAAUACAAGUUACUCUUCCUUGCUCGACACGGUAAUGGAUACCACAACUUUGUUGUGGAAAAAUACGGUAUUGAGGCAUGGAGUGCAAAGUACCAUUCAAUGGAGGAAGUUGAUGGUAUUAGAUAUGCGCCGGAUCCGGAGUUAACUGAGUUGGGAAUCGCGCAAGCAGAAGAAAACCAUCAGUUUUGGGUUAGUGAACUAAACGAAGGAGCGCCGAUUCCAAGCAAAUUUUACGUAUCGCCGUUGCAGAGGUCCUGUAAAACAUUACAAAUCACAUGGAAGGACUUGAAACCACAAGAUAAACAUCCGCUAGUUGUUGAAAAAAUCAGAGAGACAAUUGGCUUGAAUCUUUGCGAUAAGAGAUCUUCAAAGUCAAAAAUCAAUGAGAGGUUUGGCAAAUUUGGAUAUAACACUGAUGGAAUUACAGAGGAGGAAGACGUAUACUUUACCUACGAUAAAAGAGAAACUAUGAUUGAACAGUCAGUGAGGGUAAAUGAGUUCUUACAGCAAUUGUUUGAGCUGGAUUGUUAUACCGAUGGUAAAGUCAAUAAAAGUUUAGCAGAGGAAAGUACAUUUAUUUCAACUCAUUCGCAUGCUGGUACAAUUAGAUGUUUCUUGAACGUUAUUAAACAUCGGAAUUUCACAAUUCUGACUGGUGGAAUGAUACCUGUGGUUAUAAAGGGGACUAGAAGAUACUAA